UUUUAUUCAUGACUACCGUUCUCCGAUCGAACUUGCUUGGCAUUGAAUGUAUAAUCCAUGUACCUGCCACCCUUAGCAAACCCAAAAAGAAAUGGCACACCAUCUUCGCUACAUCUAUUGUUCUAGAACCUUUUCAUCCCUUGUCAUAGUCUCCGGCAGCCAACGAAAACCAAGGUUAUUCUUCACCCCCCAUCUCAUGUCUCACUCGCUGUUAUACAAGAAAACAGUCUAUUCCAAGUUGAUCAAACAACUCUCAUUGAGGUAGUCAAAGAGAAAAAAUUCGAUACGUUGCAGAAACUUGAUGGGGUUAAUGGUGUGGCUUCUGCUCUCGGAACCAACACCGAGGUCGGUAUUUCUGGCAGCACCGAGGACAUCGCUCGCCGACAUGAAGCGUUCGGUUCCAACACGAUGUGCAGCACUUUCACUUGGCUUCGGAAUCGAAGAACAUGGACUCAAAGAAGGUUGGUAUGACGGUGGAAGCAUUUUCGUAGCUGUCUUUCUUGUCAUUGCAGUUUCUGCUAUAAGUAACUAUAGGCAGAACAGACAGUUUGACAAGUUAUCAAAAGUCAGCAACAAUAUUCAGAUUGAUGUUGUACGCGGAGGUCGGCGCCAACAAAUCUCAAUAUUUGAUAUAGUUGUUGGAGACAUUGUUUGCCUAAAGAUUGGAGAUCAAGUUCCUGCUGAUGGAUUGUUCUUAGAAGGACAUUCCUUGCAAGUUGGAUCGAGCAUGACCGGGGAAAGUGACCAUGUCGAGGUAAAUCGCAGCCAAAAUCCGUUGUUUUCAGGAACCAAGGUGGCUGAUGGGUACGCUCGGAUGCUUGUCACUUCGGUUGGAAUGAAUACUAUGUGGGGCCAAAUGAUGAGCCAAAUCAGCCGCGACACUAACGAACAGACGCCCUUACAAGCUCGUUUAAACAGACUGACCUCAUCAAUUGGUAAGGUUGGCUUAGCAGUUGCGUUCCUGGUUCUUGUCGUUUUUGUUCGUUACUUCACAGGCAAUACAACAGAUGAGAACGGAAACCGGGAGUUCAAUGGAAGCAAGACAAAGGCUGAUGAUAUAAUAAAUGGUGUCGGAAUCGUAGCUGCCGCUGUUACCAUCGUCGUGGUAGCAAUUCCAGAAGGGCUGCCACUAGCUGUCACACUGACCCUUGCUUAUUCGAUGAAGAGAAUGAUGGCAGAUCAAGCAAUGGUUAGAAAGCUCUCUGCCUGUGAGACAAUGGGCUCUGCCACCACAAUUUGCACUGACAAAACAGGCACUCUCACGCUCAACCAAAUGAAGGUGACAAAAUUUUGGCUCGGCCAAGAAUCUAUGGAAGAGGGUUCAGCUUCAAUUUCUCUUAUUGUUGAAUUGAUCCAUCAGGGAGUUGCUUUAAACACUACUGGAAGUGUUUACAGAGCUUCCUCAGGAUCAGAAUUCGAGUUCUCAGGUAGUCCUACAGAAAAGGCAUUCCUUUCUUGGGCUGCUGGAACUGAAGACGGAUAUGGGAAAAUGAAGCAGAGUUGUGCGAUACUCCAAGUUGAAGCUUUCAAUUCUCAGAAAAAAAGGAGUGGGUUUUGAUUGGAAGAAUGGGAUGACACUGUCCAUGUUCACUGGAAAGGAGCCGCAGAGAUGAUUCUAGCAAUGUGCUCCAGCUACUAUGAUGCUUCUGAGAUCGUGAAAGAUCUCAAUGAUAGCGAAAAGAAAUUUGAGCAAAUUAUUCAAGGAAUGGCAGCGAGCACCCUCAGGUGCAUUGCUUUUGCCCAAAAACAAGUUCCAGAAGAAGAGUAUGGAAAUCUAAAAGAGCAGAAAAAGGUUAAAGAAGACAGCUUGACCCUGUUAGGACUGGUGGGCAUAAAGGACCCAUGCAGACCUGGAGUGAAGAAAGCUGUGGAAGAUUGCCAAUAUGCUGGAGUAAACAAAAUGAUUACUGGCGACAAUGUUUUCACUGCAAGAGCUAUAGCUACUGAAUGUGGAAUUCUCAGGCCUGGUGACGACAUGUCCAGUGGCGUGGUGGUAGAAGGCGAGGAAUUCAGAAAUUAUACACCACGAGAGAGGAUGAGAAAAGUUGACAAAAUCCGAGUGAUGGCAAGAUCCUCUCCUUUUGAUAAGCUUCUCAUGGUACAGUGCUUGAAACAGAAGGAUGUAGUUGCAGUCACUGGUGACGGCACAAAUGAUGCACCGGCACUCAAGGAAGCAGAUAGACUGUCCAUGGGAAUUCAGGGAACUGAAGUGGCAAAGAGAGCUCAGACAUUGUCUCUUGAUGAUAAUUUCGCUUCUGUUGCCACAGUCUUGAGGUGGGGAAGAUGCGUCUAUACCAACAUCCAGAAAUUCAUUCAAUUCCAGCUCACGGUAAAUGUUGCUGCACUUUGUAUCAACUUUGUAGCAGCAGUUUCAGCAGGUGAAGUCCCUCUAACAGCGGUCCAGUUAUUGUGGGUGAACUUGAUUAUGGACACAUUGGGUGCUCUGGCUCUUGCGACAGAGCGGCCUACAAAGGAGUUGAUGGAGAAACCACCCGCUGGUCGAACAGAGCCACUCAUCACAAAUAUCAUGUGGAGGAACCUACUGGCACAAGCUUUAUUCCAGAUAGCGGUGCUUCUUACCUUACAAUUCAGAGGUGAAUCAAUCUUUGGCGAAACAGAGAAGGUAAAUGAUACCUUGAUCUUCAAUUUUGUCCUUUGCCAAGUGUUCAACGAAUUUAACGCAAGGAAGCUGGAAAGGAGAACUUUUGAGGGCAUACACAAGAAUAAGUUGUUUAUGGGGAUCAUCGGGAUAACAAUUCUUCUUCAAAGUGAGGUAGAAUUUCUGAAGAAGUUUGCAGAUACGGAGAGGUUGAACUGGGGCCAAUGGGGUGCCUGCAUUGGAAUUGCGGUUGUGUCUUGGCCCAUUGGUUGGGUUGUCAAGUCCAUACCAGUUCCAGAGAAACCCUUUUUUAGCUAUCUCAAAUGGAGGAAGUAGGACAUCAUUAAGUCAGAAUUGCUGCUUAUUGUUAUUUUUAGCAUCCUCAUCGAUGCAGCUGACAGGGAGAAUUCUUUUUACGUCAUAAAGAAAUAAUACCAUUCUUUCAAUUGA